AUGAAUGGAUCGGAAAAUAUCUCUUCGUGUCUACUAUUGGCUCAACAUAUGCGCGAAAAGGGAUAUCGAGUGGUACUGGCGAUCGACAGGACAUCCCAACAAUUGACAGCAUCUUCAGGCCUACCCGAGGAGGUCUACAACGCUGACUACCCGACCAUAAAUCCCAAACUCGCGAACCUAAACCUCUUGGACGGCGAACCCAUUGAUAAGUUGAAGAACUUUUGCUACAAGAAUAUCGUCGAUGUCUUUGAUUUUGUCAAACAUUGCGAACCUUAUAAUCAGGAACUCAUUGAACGCCUCAAACCCGACCUAAUCAUCAUUGAGUCGAUGAUAUGCUCGCCGGCGCUCACCAGCUCUGAUAUACCCUGGGUUUGGCUCAACUUCGGCCCACCCAACCAGUGCCGUAAUGACGAUCGUAUACCUCCCGGGUGGUCAGGCUUAUCUAAAACCAAACCAAACGACUGGAGGAUCUUCAAGACUAAGAGGAAUGAGUUGUUCGCUAACCUGAAGUGGCAAAUGAACCACUGGUGCACAUCUAUGGGCGCCCCGGAGCUACCGGACAACCAGUUUCAUCCGCACUCGCCUUAUCUCAACCUUUAUGUCUACCCAACAGAACUCGAUUACCAAACACUGAGCAACACAUGGGAGAUGAAGACCUGGAUGCAAAUCAAUUGUCUCAUCGAAGCGAAACCGCUUAAUAAGUUUAAAAUUCCGCCUAACUUUGGCUCAAGACCUGGAAAACUGAUCUACAUAUCGAUGGGUCCGUACGCCAGCGUCGACGUCAUGAAACGGCUGACCAAACAGCUAUCGGAGACUCCGCACAAGUAUGUCGUGUCCAAAGGGCCACUCCAUGAUCAGUACGACUUACCCGACAAUAUGUGGGGCGCAGAGGACGUACCCCUGGAGGAUGUGCUACUGAACAUGGAUCUGAUUAUAUGCAGCGGUGAUACCAAAAUGGUAUCGAAAUGUUUUUUCUACGGAAAACCGCUCAUCAUUUUGCCCCUCUUUGGCGAACAGUUGGACAAUAGGAACCGAUUUAAGGAACUCGGCUUUGGCUGGGGUUUGGAUCCGUUCACCUGUAAUAAGGAGACACUGUUUGGUAUGAUUAACAACACAGUGGACGACCCUCUACUGCCCCGGCGUCUGAACCUCGCGUCAAAUGUCAUGCAAACGGCCGAAUCGUGUAAACAAAUCACUGACAGAAUCGCAAAGAUAUUGAAUAAAACCGUCGAUGAGGAGGAAAAGGUGGUGGAGCCGCCAUUAGUACGAGUCUGGGAGGACCCUCAACCUAUAUGUGCCCCUCUAGUAGGCGGCACCGAGGCCUAG